AUGAAGAACCUAGGAAGACGUCGAAGGGUAACUGAGCCAGACAUCAUCUCAUACCGACUGGAGUCCGACGAACUUCGCGGCCCAGCUGCAUACCACUGGUUCGACAAGACGAUUGUUUUUGAAGCAGCAGAUUUACCAAGCCGCAUGGAUAUUGAAAGAUUCCGCACCGGCACUCUUCUCUUUGCUUUGAAGAACGACGUGUCUAGCCACGAUUACAGCUUCUUGCGCGAUCUUGAUCAGCCACCUUCACAAUCGCAACGGCGGAUAUCCGAGCCACCCCAGCCCUCGACUCCACUCCUCUCGUCGCCGCACUUCCUAGGCGGACUUAAAGAAAAUGCAUACUUAAGCGGCUCCGCGCGGUGGAAUAGGGAGGUCUUCCCGAAGCAGUGUUUCGACUGUGCGCAAUACUACACGGAGUCGUAA